GAGCGCAGAGGUUUCAAAACCCACCCACACCACACCACACCACACCACAACGGGUCCGUCCGUCCAUCCAUCCCACCAACACUGGGAGCAGCAGAGCCCCCGCGCGGCGCGCACGCCUCCCGAUGCUCCCGCUCCUCCUCCUCCUCCUCCUCGCCGCCUUCCUCCAUGGGACGGCGGCGGCGCAGGGGCAGCAGGGCCUGCCCUCUCUGCCCAUCGGAGUCAACUACGGCGCGAACGCCGACAACCUGCCCACCCCCGCCGCCGUCGCCUCCUUCCUCGCCAAGAGCACGACCAUCGACCGCGUGAAGCUCUUCGACGCGAACCCAGCCUUCCUGGACGCGUUCGCCGCCAACGCGCCGUCCAUCUCGCUGGCCGUCUCCAUCCCCAACGCCGUCCUCCCGACCUUCGCCGACAGAUCCAGCGGCCUGGACGCGGCGCGGGGCUGGGUCCGCGACAACCUCUCCCCACACAUCUCCGCGGGCGCCAACGUGACGCUCCUCCUGGCCGGGAACGAGGUGCUGGGCCCCACCGUGGUCCCGGACCUCGUCGUCGCCCUCCUCCCCGCGAUGCGUCGUCUCGCCCAGGCGCUCCAGCUCGAGAGCCUCCCCGACGUCCGCGUCACCACGCCGCACUACCUGGGGAUCCUCGCCCCCUCCGACGGGAUCCCGUCCAACGCGCGGUUCCGCCCGGGGCUCGACGCCAAGGUCCUCGCGCCCAUGCUCAGGUUCCACAACGACACCGGGUCGCCGUUCAUGGUCAACGCCUACCCUUACUUCAGCUACAACGCGGCCAACCUCAACUACGCCGUGUUCCGGCCCAACGCCGGGGUGUACGACCCCGGGACGAAGCUCAACUACACCAGCAUGUUCGACGCGCAGAUGGACGCCAUCUACACGGCGAUGAAGAAGCUCGGGUUUGGAGAUGGAGUGGAGAUCGCCGUCGGGGAGGCCGGGUGGCCGACCAAGGCGGAGGCGGCGCAGGUCGGGGUGGGGGUCGAGGAGGCGAAAGAUUUUAAUGCCGGGAUGAUCCGGGUGUGUAGCGGAGGGAAGGGGACGCCGUUGAUGCCCGGGAGGAAGUUCGAGACGUACGUGUUCUCGCUGUUUGAUGAGAAUCAGAAGCCUGGGCCGGUGGCGGAGAGGAAUUUUGGCAUCUUUAACACGGAUUUCACGCCCAAGUAUGAUCUCGGACUGCUUCGCCAAGGAUCCUCCGGAUCUCCAAACCCAUCUCCGAAGCCAAGCCCAAACCCGUCGCCGUCAGGAGGAGGCAAGUGGUGUGUGGCCAAGUCCGGCGCGAGCGCAACCGACCUGCAGAACAACAUCAACUACGCCUGUGGCUACAUCGACUGUAAGCCGAUCCAGAGUGGCGGCGCGUGCUUUGACCCCAACAACGUGCAGUCGCAUGCUUCGUACGUGAUGAACGCGUACUACCAGGCCAAUGGCCUGCACGACUACGACUGCAACUUCAAGGGCACCGGCGUGGUCACCUCCAGUGACCCCAGUUACGGGAGUUGCAAAUACGUCUCCUGACGGGGCGCAGCAAGUCCAGGCAGUGCGAGGGCAGAGGCACCAGCCUCGAGUCCACAUCUUCCUCCAGGCUCCAGCCACGGUGAUGCCGGGAGGAUGAUACUGCCGGGCUUGCGCCAAAUACUUGUAUACUCAUGUCUGACACCCAUGCUUCUUGCUCUCAAUCACUACUAGUCGUCCUUCUUAGGAGAGCCGCCAUUGUAUUGUUAUCAUCCGUCCCUCUCCCUCAGCACGAGGGUAAUAUGGUGUAGCCUAUCCCAGCUGUUCUAGCUUUGUGUUUUGAUGAUUUGGUUGGUGGCGCGCGCGUGUUGCGAUUCUUUGUCGUGUGUGGUAGUGGUGAAUAAUAAAGGCUUCUUAACUUAUCAUUCUAUUUGAUGUUGACACAAAAAAAAAAUAGAGUUGAAGUAAUUGACAGAGUGAAAAUAAUAUAGGCUUCUUAACUUA